GGUGGCGCUGUUCUUGGUUUGAAAAAAAAAAAAAAAAUUCCUCUAAACCUUUAUUCCACGCAAACCUCGGAGGAGACAAGACAAGUCUUUACACACUUUACACUCAUUUAUCAAAGAGGUCAGAUUGUUUUGGGGUCCACACUCGAGCCGCCGGGACCGAUGAGAGGAAGAAGAGGACAGGCUUCAUCGUCAUCAUCAGGUAAACCAGCAAUCUGGGAGGGUGGCAGGUCGACAUUAAGUUUGUCUGCACUUCUGAAUGAAAUCAACAGUAUUAACUUCCAGUUCCUCAGGAGCAGAUCAGGAUGCCUCUGAGGAAGCAAACAAACAAGGAUGCAAGUGACAUUCCCUCUGAAAGCCAGCAGAUCGACGAAAGCACACAGGAGCAAGAAGCUGUCGAUGACGGAGACGACAAGGACGAGCUCUCAUCAUCACUUCUGUUACCGCCAGUAGCGAGACACAAGCGCAGGAGAGAGAGGGAAAACAAAUCCAAAAACAAAGACAUGACAGAGGAGGAAAUGAUGGACCUGGCCCUGCGUCUGAGUGAACAGGAAGCCAGUGACACGGCGCUCAGACUGCAGCAGGAAGAAGAGGCCGUGAUGAAAGCCAUUCAGGAGAGUAUGGUCGGUCAGAAACAACCGUGCCCUCCUUCCCAGAGUCAGAGCCUGCUCGCCAACGCCGAGGCCUCGCUCAGACUCUGCGCUCGGCGGAAGCUCCUCUACUCGAACGCGAAGAAGGCGUCGGCCGUCGAUCAGGGAGCGUCACAGGAAGUCUGCGCGGCUGAGACAGACCUGAACAGAGACGCAAAAGGAAGUGGAAAUGAAAAUAAUAACAGGAAUAAAAAGCGGAAAAGGAAAGAAGGAAGUCCUCUGCUGGAGAUGCCGGAUCUGUCCCAGACUCAGAAGAUCAACCCUCAGGCUUCACCCUGCAGCUCCGAGGCUCUGUCACUGCAUCUGGACUCACCGCAGAGCUCUGAUUCGACCCAGAUCGAAGACUGUCAGCUCAUUAAAUCCCCCGUCUUCCCCUUGACCAGCUGCAGUGCAAAAGUUCAAGUCCCCCGGUUGAGCCAAGACCUGCUGGAGACCUGCAGGUCCUCAGGGUUUGUAUUGUGCUCUCAGGACACCUUGACCUCGACUGAAAUGUCUGUCCCCGCUCAAGUCAAGAGUCCGACGUUUCCCAAAAGCCCCAAAAGCUCCAGUAAACUCACAGCCUGUCCUAAAAGUCCUGUCUUCUCUGGGACCGAUCAGGGGGACGACGGAGAGACGGAGCUGGAUCCUGAGUAUCUUAAAAGUCCUGUAUUUGGCAGGACUACUCGGCGUGAGGGGUCUCCAAGUGCCUCCAAAUCCCACCCAACCUGUGAAAACUCAGGGUUCAUGUUCACUUCUCAGGACAGUUUAACUUCCUCUGUGAGGUCCACAUCCUGUCGGCCUCAGAGCCCAGUAUUCCCCAGAAGCCCCGGUCCUCUCAACAAGCCCGCCCCCCCAGAGAGACCAACAAUCUGCAAAAGCCCCGUGUUCUCAGAGACCGACCGAGGACGGACGGAGCAACGUCACAGCUGCUCGACGAGCCCGGUGUUCAGCAGGACUGGACCACGACAGAGGAUUCAUCUGGACCUGCAGGACAAGUCUGAGGGUCCUUCAGGGAUCAGGGAUCCUUCUCAGGGUCCGGGGCAGGACAACAAGACUGACCUCAAACCAGACGACAGUUUGAACAAGAUCACCUCAUCCCAGUCAGAUGAAGCACAGGAGCCGAAUGAGACGUCUAAAGGCUGCAGCUCAUCGGAGAGGGAGCUGACCAGUGACAUGACGCUGCUGUGGUCGGACGAUGACGAGGCCGUCACGCCGGUCGGCUCUCCCAGCCCCGUCUUCCCAGAGGAGAGGCCUGGUCCUCGGGCAGAUGGUCCGGCUGCGUCCCUGAACCACGUGACUGCAGCUUCUCCAGGGACGACCGGGUCCAACGGCAGCCUCAGGUGCGUCUCAGGUCGGAGUCUCGAUCAGAGCGGCCCGGACAAACAGAUCUCGCUCGGACCUUCUUCCUCUUCCACAUCCACCUCGCGACAGCAGCCUUCCACCACACAGCGAGAACCACGGCCACCCAGCAGCGAGGGGGCGGUCGGCAGGACGUCACCCCCACCUGGGGAGCCUGCAGACGGACCAACGGUUCACUACUACUGGGGCGUUCCCUUCUGUCCACGAGGCCUGGACCCAGACACCUACACACAGGUGAUCCUGGCUCAGAUGCAGGUGUAUGACAGGAGUCUGAAACAGGCUCAGAGGUGUCUGCUGAGGAAGGCGGAGUGGGGGGAGCCCAUCCUGCCACAGCCAGAGAAAUCCCCCUCACCCGAGCCGACCGUUGAAUCACCUCAACAUCACGUUAUUCGAAGACGUGGUCUCAAGCUGAGAGGCAACGGACUGCGUGAAUCGGCUGACGCCCCUCCUGCUGAGGCAGAGGAGGAGGAAGACGAGAAGGCCGGAGGGGAAGAGGAGGAAAGAGAGAAGGAGAACAAAGCGGAGGAGGAGAAGAAUGAGCGGGGAGGAGGUGAAGGAGGACAGAUGGACACAGAUGACUGUGAGGUUUGUCCAGAAACACAACUGAGCGGCGACAGCACGCAAGAUCUGACGAUGAUCACUGACGCUGGAGCCGAGCUCCGACCUGAAAGCCAACAUCUCCCUGAGGUCGAGGUGAUUCUCCGAGACGAUUCUUCAGCCAAAGCCGAGCCACAGGAGGAGGAGGAGAUGGAGGUGGACGUGGACGUGGACGUGGACGUGGAGGUUGACGCUCCAGUGGAUGGAAAGACGGAGGGAAACGUCCCCAUCAGCAGCCGAAAGGCGGAGGUAACGGGGCGCGGGGAGGAUCCGGAUGUGGAGGAGAUAGAGGACAGAGGGCUGAAGAGGUCGACGUCUCCGGAACCAGAAUCAGCCGCCGUCCCUCAGAGUCCUGAGACCAACGUGGACUGUCCCAUCUGUCAGGGAUCGUUCCCCGUGACAAAGAUCGAGCUGCACGCGGCGUACUGCGACGGAGAGGUGGCUGUCGUGGACGAGACGAGGCCUGAAGUCGACCGUUUCCAAGCGUCACUGAAGCCACGCAGGAAGAGAACGAGGAGAGGAGAGGUCACGGCUGAAGAGACAGUGGACUCCUCCAGCACCGAUAAGCACCAGGAGAAGUGUUACAUCUGUCAGAAAGCCGUUCCUCUGAGAGAUUACAGCCGACACACCGAACUCUGCAUCCGACGCCGGGCGUCCAAGACUGAAGCGGUAAACCUCCUUACACACCGGAGAGGAAACCUGCUGUCGGCUCUGGAGCAAACAGAAAGCAGGGACUCAGAGGCCGGACCGUCUGGAUCCAGACUCCAACCAGAAGAGGUCAUCGACCUGCGGGACGACGACGACGACGACGAUGACGAUGAAGAGGUGGGCGCCGUCGCGGCGUUCAGGGUCAGCAACUCUCCCAUCAGAUCCUUCACUCCGAUCUCGGAGGCCACCGACUGCCUUAUCGACUUCAAGAAACAGCAACGAGGCAAAAAGCCGAGCCAAAGACGAAGAUGAGGAAAGAAGACUGCGAGCCGGAGCCUUAACUGAAGAACGAUCAUGGCGUCAGGACGUGACAUCACAUCACAUCACAGUUAGAAAAUGACUGGACGACACCUCCUUCUGGGUAUUUGUGCAGGUGAACGAACACAAACUGAACCUUUUGAAUCUCACAUCUGUCCGGAGUGCAGAGGAAACCUGGUCGUGACUCUUUCUGUGCCACUAAGUGUUUUUGUGUGUUUACGUUUGUUCGUGUCUCAGACUACCUCUUCACGUAUCCACGCGUUUCCUCUUUGUUACUGGAGCUUUGCUCUCACACACACACACACACACACACACACACACACACACACCCACACACACACAUACACAUUUACUGUCCUUGUCAGACUGGAAAACGAGAGGUGAAGUCACUGUGGGGAUAAAACCACUUUUAUCUGAGAUAUCUCAACAGCUACUGGACGGACGACAGUGACGGUUUUUACAGGCCUUCAUGGUCCUCAGAGGAUGAAUCCUACUGGCUCCACCCAUCUGUAACGUGCCGAACAUUAGCAUGCUGCUAAUAAUGUGCUCAUUUGUUAGCAUGCUCAUGUUAAAUGCUAAAAAUUAGAUACCAAAAUACAAACAUCCCAAAUUUGAAAGUUUACUGUGUGUAAUCAGUAUAUAAACAUUCAACAAACGGUUUCUAACACACUACAGCGUGGCUGUAAGUGAAAGAAGAGCUGCAACGAUGGACAUGAAAGUUAUUUAGCAACUAUUUUUCUAAAACAAAAAAAGACAAAUAUUUGCUUGUUUCCAGCUUCUCAGGUGCAAGAAUUUGUUGCUUUUCUUUUGUCACACACGAUAAUAAAGCGAUUAUCUUUGAGCUGUUGGUUCAAACAGGACGCGACGUCUGAAGAGGUCAACCUGGACUGUGGGAAAUUAUAACCACCAUUUACUGUUUUCUGACAUUUUAAUUAAUAGAUUACUCAAACAAUCAGCAGAUGAAUCUUAGUUGCAGCCCUAAAGAAGAUAUCAUAUUUAAGUGUUUACUAACGUACAGUAUUUGUCAACAAUUCUUACUUCACAUGAAGAUGUUUUUUAAAUCAUCCCAGCGGUGUGUGGUUCAUUAUCUGUUCAUACAUUCACAGGUGGCAAAUACAUAAAUAAACACUUAGAGUCACUCACAGCUACAUGAUUACACAUUUAUAUACUGAUUAUAACCGAUUUAAAAGGGUUAAUGCAAAAUAUUCAGUGUUAAAUGGAGUCUGGAUCCAGACCUCUGAGUCUGAACCACUGCACGCAUAUCUGAUAUCUUACUUUUAGUAAUUCAGAUUCAGUUCAAUGAAAACUUUGUCGGCCGGAUUAGAAAUGAUCUUUCUGUGCCAGUGUGGACGCAGGGCUGCAACUAACUUGUUAACUUAUUUAUUAUUUAAUCUGCUGAUAUAAAUAGUAAAAGUCAUAAUUCCCUAGAGCCCUGACAUCUUCACAUGCCUCUUUAAAUCCAGCCAACAAAUAUAUUUACUUAAAAAAAGGCAGAAGAUUUUCACAUUUGAGAAGCUGCAUCCAGUGAAACUGACGUUUUCCACCAACGAGUAAAAUCAGUUCGUAAUCAUUCAUUUACUUCAGGAAAAAGAAACACUUGAAAUGUCCAUUUAGGCCAAAAGACAGAAAAAAGAUUAUUUUAUUAAUCAGUUAUUUAGUCUUGAGUUUGCAGCCGUGUGGAUCAAUGAAAUACAAAAAUAAUAAAAAAAAAUGUAACGUAGAAUGUAAAAUCUUUGAAACACCCGAAGAAACUUUUCACCUUCUGUCUCGGAAAUCAAAACCUGUUUGUUUGACAAUCCCUCGUCGGACACCUGCUCUUCAUCCUCCUCGAGCAAACAGUGCGUGGAAGGAAGUGCAGUGAAUCUAAAGCCUGAUAUCUCUGGAUUUCCUCUUCUUCCUCACAGCUCUGUGAGGAAGGUUUGAGUUUCGUGCCGCUGAGAGUUGAACAGCAACAGAGGUGAACAAAGCCUUAAAACGUUUUUUUUUUGGGGUGGGGAAUUUAUUUCAAGUUUGUUUUCUGUUCUGACGUGUUUUCAUUGUGGACCAUUUUCAUAAAGGAAAAAUAUCUUUUCUCCA